AUGGUUCCAUCUGAACAGGGGCCACCGGCGCCCCCCCCCUUCAGGAAACAAGAUGGAGCCUGGUCACGGGAUUAUGAAAGCCUUUCCCAAAGUCAAACGAGCUCGAGUGUUACAGGGAAAGGAUGCACCACCAGUAAAGAAGAAACCUGAAGAAUGUGAUAUCACAGGAAACACUUUUGAUGGUGUCACAGUGUACAUCCUGCCUGCUGGUAUAGGAAGUGCCAGAUGCCAGAUCUUUCAAAGACAAAUUCGGCAGAAUGGAGGACAGACGGAGAGUUCGCUGCGUCCCAGUGUCACUCAUGUUGUUGUGGAUGACAACAUGGACAGUGUCAGGGCACUGCGCUUACUACAAGUGGAUUGUAUGCCCCCUGCAGUCCAACUAGUGAAAUGCAUUUGGUUGAGCUCGUGCAUCAGUGAGAAACAACUGCUGGAUGUUGACAGCUACAGCCUUCUGUUACCCAAGAGAGAAUCUGAAACACGGCAUGAAAAUAUUAAAGAAGAGCUGCUGAAUGUCAAGCCCGCUGACGAAGCAGAGCCCGUGUUGGAUCAGACCAAGCAAGAGAAGACCAUAGACAUGACAGUUCCAGACACUAAAGAGGAAGUGCGAGGUGAAGAAGACGGGGUCUCACAGAGUGACCUGGAAGCUCUCCUCACUGGCCAGCACCCCAAAGAGGAGACUCCUGGCCCCAGCCUAGACCCCAGUCCAGACUCUGCUGCUCAGAAGGUGGUCUCAGGGAAUUGGGUCUGUGCCAAAUCCUCUCAGUCCAAAAUGAAUAACUUCAAUAAACACAUCACAGACAAGCUAGAAGUGCUGGCCAAGGCCUACACACACCAGGGGGACAGGUGGCGGGCGCUGGGCUACUCCAAGGCUGUCAAUGCACUGAAGAGUUACCACAAGCCUAUUACAUCAUACCAGGAGGCUUGUCUGAUCCCAGGAAUUGGUAAACGCAUGGCCGACAAAAUUGACGAGAUCACGGAGAGCGGUCACCUGCGGAAGCUCGACCACCUCGGGGAGGCUGUGCCAGUACUGGAGCUUUUUACUAACAUCUGGGGUGCAGGAACUAAAACUGCACAGCUGUGGUACCAACAGGGCUUUCGCACAUUGGAGGACAUCCGCACAAAAGCCCACCUGAGUAACACUCAGAAAAUAGGACUCAAGCACUACGAUGACUUUGUAGACCGCAUACCCAGAGAAGAAGCAGCAGCCGUAGAGAAAGUGCUGAAGGAGGCUGCCAAGGCCAUAGACCCAGGCCUGGUGGCGAUGGCAUGUGGCUCCUAUCGCCGGGGAAAGGCCACAUGUGGAGAUGUUGACGUACUCAUAUCUCAUCCUGAUGGCAAGUCCCACAAGGGGGUUUUCAGCAAAGUGUUACAGAACCUCCGUGACAGUGGGUUCUUGACAGACGACCUGGUGAGCCACGAGGAAAAUGGUGAGCAGAAGAAAUACAUGGGUGUGUGCCGUUUGCCAGGACCUGACCGCCGCCAUCGCAGGCUGGACAUCAUCGUAGUACCCUACGAUGAGUUCGCCUGUUCUCUCGUGUAUUUCACCGGGUCGGCACACUUUAACCGCUCAAUGAGAGCCCUGGCAAAGACAAAACGAAUGAGCUUAUCGGAGCACUCGUUGAAUAAAGAUGUGGUGCGUCAGGGUAGCUUGAAGGUGUAUCGCGGCACUCCGUUUACUACACCGACAGAGAAGGAUGUUUUUAGUCUGAUAGGCAUACCAUACAGACAGCCUCAUGAAAGGGACUGGUGAGCAUUUGCCAAAUCCUAAUGAUGAUGAUGAAUGAUGACGAUGCAAACUGCAAUUAUGCUCAAACAGACACUUUUAUGGAUGUUUUACUGCUCCACAGAUCAUACAGAAGCCCUGGUUUACGUGAAUGCUAAUUUAAUUCUACACAUUAAACGGUUGGGUUCACUCAAAUGCAAAACAACUUAUUUUGUUACUUAUAUCUGUCCUCCCAUAGUACAAUCAAUUAAAUUUAGUUGUAGGAUCCAGAGCCUUUACAAAUUUCAAUUUUGAUUUGGUAGGAACAGUUUCUUCAGCCUUCUUCAGGGAGCCGGAUUAAGCUAAGAAACCAAAAACAUUGUUGAAAACGUAUUUGCUAUUAAGUUUUAUAAAUGUAAAUAAAACUUCCAUUAUAAAAAGCUGGCCGCAAAGUUUUCAAAGGCAAAUAUCUCAAAACUUCAAAAGAAAAAUCAAAAACUAUGUGCAGGACUAGACACCACAUGAGGUAAGUAGAAACAUAUGUGAUAUUGCAAGUUGAGUGAACUGGGCCUUUUAAAGACAUUUUAAUAUAGAAGGUGCCUAAAACUGUAUAUUUUAUGAAAGAUGAGUAAUGGUAAUAAAAUGUAUCAAAGGGUGUAGUAACUAAUAAAGACACAGUAAUCACCACUGUAGAGGUGUU